CCUUCCUGGACUUGCCGCAUCGAUGCUCGUGAAUGCCACCAACUGGUCUUUAUAAGAAAACCAGACACGUAUCAGAGUUCUCGGUAAUCACCAAAUCCAUCAUCGAAAUUGACAGACGCGCAGUUCCAAGUGUUCCUCUUCCAUUGACUACACGGGGUGAAGCGGGAUCCUGUGUGUAAACCGCGGCCGUCAAUGAGCUUCGGAUGGAUGGAUAGGAUAAGAUGGCGACAUGGUACCAUGCCGCACUUCCCUCCAAGCUACUGUCGGGAGCUCACCCCUCUCUUUCGGCCUUUUCGCGUUAUUAUUGGGUUAUCGAUUCUUAUAAAUCAAACUGCACUCUGGCGGCCUUUACUUAUCUCCCCAAGCUGUCUUUCCCCGGCUCUUCCACCACCAGAGCUUCCCAAAGAUUGACACAGAUUUCGCGGAGAUUUACGACUAAUUCACCUUCAAAGAUGCCUCCCAUUUAUAACAAACCUCAAGUGGAAAAGUACGACUAUGUAGUCAUCGGUGGUGGGAGCGGUGGGAGCGGAACAUCCAGACGUGCAGCAUCGUAUGGAAAGAAAGUUGCCAUCAUAGAAGCAACAGACCGCCCUGGUGGUACUUGCGUCAAUGUCGGAUGUGUACCCAAGAAGAUAAUGUGGCACGCCGCCGAUCUACGCGAAAAAAUCAUGUUCCACGCCAAAGGCUACAAACUCGAAGAUCUCCCCGACGCACCCAAAUUCGACUGGAGCUCCUUCAAAACUCAACGAGACGCAUACAUCCGCAAACUCAACAACAUCUACCACUCCAACUGGGAUAAAGCCGGGAUAGAGCUGCAUCAAGGACUCGGACGUUUGACGUCCAAGAACACUGUCGAGAUCACUCCACCUGGUGGGGAGAAGUACACUUUGAAUGCCGACCAGAUCUGUGUCGCUGUUGGCGGCACUCCGACUACCCCAAAGGACGAUGAGAUCCCAGGCGCCAGCCUCGGAAUUGAUUCUGACGGGUUUUUCGCUCUCGAGGAACAACCGAAGCGGGUAGCUGUCGUCGGAGCCGGGUAUAUUGCUGUUGAGCUUGCCGGGGUUUUCAACGCGUUGGGGAGCGAGACCCAUUUGAUCAUUCGUGGAGAGUCGGUUCUCAGGACUUUUGAUCCUGCGAUCCAAGAGGUGAUCACUCCGUGGAUGGAACACAGCGGUGUGAAGAUUCACAAAACCAGUAAAGUUGUCAAAGUCCAGGGACAAAAGGGACAGACCUUGACUUUGGAGACUAACAAGGGCGAGAAGAUCGAAGUGGAUUGUCUGCUUUGGGCUAUCGGACGUCACCCGUGUACGAAGGGCAUGGGUUUGGAGGAGAACGGUGUGAAACUGGACGGGAAGGGGAACAUUGUCGUUGAUGAGUACCAGACCACCUCCGUUCCGAACAUCACCUCCAUUGGGGACGUUCAGGGUAAAGCUCUCCUGACCCCUGUCGCUAUCGCAGCAGGGAGAAGGCUUUCGAACAGACUGUUCGGGCCACCGCAGUUCAAGGACGAUAAGUUGAGCUAUGAAGAUAUACCGACUGUUGUUUUCUCUCACCCUACAAUUGGUACUGUUGGGCUUACUGAGCCUGAAGCACGUAAGAAGUACGGUGAUGCGGCUGUCAAGAUCUAUAAAUCCAACUUCCGGGCUCUGUACUUCUCGAUGAUCCCCGAGGAACACAAGGAGCCAACGAUGUACAAGCUUGUUUGUGUUGGCCCGGAAGAACGUGUUGUUGGUAUUCACAUCAUUGGUCUGGGAAGUGAUGAGAUAAUGCAAGGAUUCGCUGUUGCUGUGAAGAUGAAAGCGACCAAGAAAGACUUUGACUCGACGGUUGCUAUUCACCCCACGUCCGCUGAAGAACUCGUAACGAUGGCUUGAAUGGCUUUAAAUACAUAGAAAUUUGAUAGCUUUGUACAAUAAAUACUUGGAGCUCUGUGAAAAAACUCUACAAUAAAAACAUCGUUGUGCAACCCA